CGCCAAUGGCAGAGCUCCCAUCGCAGAGCCUGCGGGUUAGGUUGUGAGGCCCGGGCCGGGGGCGGGGAGGAGCCAAGGGGGCGAGCAAGUCGGCGGCUGGGUGGGUCGGGGCGUUCCGCGCGCCCUUCAUUGAAGCGGCGGUGGCCGGGCUGGGCGCCGGUAGUGGAAAGCGACGGCGCGGCUGGAAAAUGCCGGUCCAUUCCCGAGGGGAUAAGAAGGAGACCAACCAUCACGAUGAGAUGGAGGUGGACUACGCCGAAAAUGAGGGGAGCAGCUCCGAGGACGAGGACACUGAGAGCUCGUCGGUCUCCGAGGAUGGAGAUAGCUCAGUUUGACUUUUAUUUGAUGAAGAUCAAGAUGCAGAUCAUUUUGUGCUUCAGUUAUUUUGAUGAAUGAAUAUAUGUGAUGGGAACAUAGAAAAUGUGGACUAUAGGACAGACCUGAAAUGGAUGAUGAAGACUGUGAGAGAAGAAGAAUGGAAUGUUUGGAUGAAAUGUCCAAUCUUGAAAAACAGUUUACCGAUCUCAAAGAUCAACUUUAUAAAGAACGAUUAAGUCAGGUGGAUGCAAAACUACAAGAAGUCAUAGCUGGAAAAGCACCAGAAUACUUGGAACCGCUGGCAACUUUACAGGAAAAUAUGCAAAUUCGUACAAAGGUAGCAGGAAUCUAUAGAGAGCUCUGCUUAGAAUCUGUAAAGAACAAAUAUGAAUGUGAAAUUCAAGCUUCUCGCCAGCAUUGUGAGAGUGAGAAGCUGUUGCUAUAUGAUACAGUCCAGAGUGAACUAGAGGAGAAGAUAAGGAGGCUUGAAGAGGAUAGGCACAGCAUUGAUAUUACCUCAGAGCUGUGGAAUGAUGAGCUUCAGUCAAGAAAAAAGAGGAAGGAUCCUUUCAGUCCUGACAAAAAGAAGCCAGUUGUUGUUUCAGGUCCAUAUAUAGUUUAUAUGCUACAAGAUCUUGAUAUUCUUGAAGACUGGACAACAAUUAGGAAGGCAAUGGCUACAUUGGGGCCACACAGAGUGAAAACGGAACCCCCUGUGAAACUGGAAAAACAUCUGCACAGUGCUAGAUCUGAAGAGGGAAGACUAUAUUAUGAUGGUGAAUGGUAUAUACGUGGACAAACAAUAUGUAUUGAUAAAAAAGAUGAAUGUCCUACAAGUGCUGUAAUUACAACAAUUAACCAUGAUGAAGUUUGGUUUAAGAGGCCUGAUGGAAGCAAAUCUAAGCUUUACAUUUCACAGCUACAGAAAGGAAAAUAUUCAAUUAAACAUUCAUAAUCAUGAUUUAAGUGUUAUCUAAAUUUACCUUAUUAGUGUUACCAAAUGUAAUGUGCCAUGAGAGUAAAAAAAAUGUAUUCAAUAACUAAAUAUUCUCACUGAAUCAUGAGAGAAUGUGUAUUUGUAGGUAGUAUUCUAAAUAGAUCUCAUUGAUAUGUUAUUAAAAGAAACAGUAAUAAAAAUUUUAUCAUGAUCCUUACGUUGAUUUGCCUCUUAGGUCUGAUGACCAGUAGGUAUUCUGUAUAUGGUAGGGGUUUCUUUCUAAACAUUUUUCUUUGGUUUUUAAAAAAGUUAUGCAAAUUUGUCUUAUCUUUAGUAAACUAUGACUACAUUUAUCUGCAAUUUUAAAAAUUUUCCAUAUCAUUGUCAUUCAUUGUGUGUUUGUAAAUAAGGCUGAUAAAAUGUUUCCUAUAAAUGGUUUGUACUAGUACAUUAGUGUUAAACCAGAACUAAAAUUUAAACAUAUAUAUAUGAGCAUAUAUAUAUGAGUAUAUAUAUAUAUAUGAGCAUAUAUAUAUGAGUAUAUAUAUACAUGAGCAUAUAUAUAUGAGCAUAUAUAUAGAUAUAUAUAUGAGGAUGUAUAUAUGGCAUCAUCAGCUUAUUUAGAACUGAUGGCCAUAUCUUACAGUCUUGUUUUACCCAAAAUUAAGCUAUUGGGUUUGAAAGCUAAAAGGAGCACUUUUGUAGAAUAGCAACUUUUCUUUUCCUCUUUCUUGAUUGUAUGGUGGGGUGGUGACCUAUUUUUACAAAUUAUACCUAAUGAGUAAAAUUAGUGUAAAGUGAUAACAUGCUUCUACCUGUAUUUCUAGUGACCCUUUAGAGGCAGGUAUUUAUACCUGGUAUUUAUGAUGCAGUAUAUAAGUGGUGAACAAUAACUGACAGUAUUGUGCUUGCUGUACAUGUCUGGUCUUUUGAAACAGAUUUUAGUAAGCAUUUUCCAGAGGUAAAACUGUGUCCUUAUUCUAAUUUUAUUCCUAGGGCAAAGUAGACAGGGAUUAUUUCCUUGAAUCUAUUUCCAAAUUAAUAUUUUUAUCUUUGGUAUUUUUACACUUUAAGGCCAUUUGGUGCAAUUUAGAAAGUGUUGGCCUCCCUUCCCUUAGCCACAUUCAAAAUUAACUUCCAAAACCUCAGGAACAGUACAAAGAAUUAAAACCCUCAAUAUGGCAGCACAGCCGGCUGUAGUGUAUAUUUAGGGUACACCAAAUCAAGUAUUCCUGGUGGUCUUGUGCACUUUAAUUUCUGUUACAAUGAGAGUUAAGAGGAUGAGGAAGAAAUCUACUUAUUAACACUUACUGCAGAAAUAUCUGCAUUAUUCCGUUUGUUUUCUUAUUAUUUUACCUCUCCAAACAUCUUCCUGUGCAGAUCACUACUUCAUAGUUGCCAAAUUUUAAAACACUUAACUUCUGAAAUUCAGUGUCAGCAAAGUGAUAUUACAUUGUUCCGUUUCUAAUUAGCCUUAGCAAAUGUACAUAAUGUCAAAACCCAAUAGUAUUUGACAGUACUUAUGUAUACAAUGUUUGAUAAGCAUUUUUAAUAAGAUUUGUAUUUUUAAAUUUAGUAUAUAAUAAAAAGAUGUGUUUGAGUGUGA